AUGAAGGAAGACGAGAUUUCGCCAGAGAAAGCUGCGGAGGAGUACAGGAAAUAUUUUCACGAUUUCCUGUCGAAUGAGAUCCGUCGAUACUAUGAUAUGUAUGAGCACUUGGCAUUUUUUCGUGAAAAGUUUCAUCCUUAUUACUUGCAACUUGAAUACGAGACAACAAAAGAAGAUGUGUUGAACAACAACCGCGAAUUCGUACUGAAAUACACCAAUGGUCAUUUUGAGGAGCUGUUGCUUGAGAUAAGCUUCAAGCGUUUGUACGGCACCUCUUCCUCCGAUGGUAGCAACGCUCCGAGCGAUGCGGCAUAUAAAUAUGCGGAAUGGGCAUAUGAAAUCCCAGUUGAGUACCCAAAGGAUAACACUCACACUGGUCGCCUCCCCAUCGAUUCUCCCUUGCAAUCGGUGCUUUUGGUGGACGUGCCUGACAAGGUAUUCAAACACGAAAUUCAAAGCGCUCUCAAGCCACAUUUACAACGCUUUUCGAUAUACAUGGCCGAACGCGAUAUGGUUAGAACUGCCUUUGUUAGCGUUGAAGAGUGUGAUUUAAAGAAGCUCAGUGAGACCUUAACGGCAAGCAGACUGACUGUGCAAGAGUUUUUGUUGCGUUUUGAGCCCUGCAAUCCACUACAAGAGCGUGUUCGCAUUCGAGUGUGCCCUCCUAUAUGUUCCCACCCGAUUGUUAUUGCCAGGGACGUGGAGAUAACCGGGCGUGUCAUUCGCAAGCUAGGUGGGUGUCACGCUUUUUCAAAUGGACAUUGCGCAGAUGGCGAGUUUUGCUCGUCUGAAACCUCGUUUGCAGACCUGCUACCGGCAGAUCUCGAUGUGAAGAGGCGUUUGGACCUCCAUCUGACGUAUUUGCGCAAGGUACACAGCUACUGCUACUACGGUCGAAUUAAGGGUAAAAGCUACAUCGACCUCUGGGAUCUAUGUGGUCCGGGACAUGUGCGUGUUGACCUUACCAACGAGCUAUACGACAAGGAGGCGGGACUAACCACUAAUCAUGUCACCGUGAAGUAUGCGUCGUGGGAAAAUGCUAAUAAAAACAAAACCACUGCGGAGCCUGAACCCCGCGACUGGGAGAAGGAAUUAGUUGCGGCAUGCGACGUUUCUAAGUCUCAGCUACAGUGGUUGCGAGAUGUCGAAUCUUUUGCUGAACAUUUGCUUGUCUGCAAUUUGAGCCCUCCUGAAUAUGUGCAAAAUGAUGCAGAGAUAGAGGAGAAGUGGAAACAGUUUUGCAACAUCAACACUUUGGUCGAUGGCCCCGAAAGGUUCCGUUGCCGUUUGUGCCACAAGCUCUUCAAUGACUCUAAGUUCGUAUGGAAGCAUCUUAAGCUGAAGCACGGAACUAGUCACAGUAAUAUAGUGAUUGAGUGCGGCGUUCCUCAAAUGAAGGAAAUAUUCGUCAACGCCCACACAACAGCGCGCUGCAACCCCUUCGAACGUUUACUGAGCGUGCCAGUUGCACAGCUUCCCCCUAGUGAUGUGGACGCACCAUCUCUUGAGGCGAAUGGCCUUUCUGAUUCACGUUACAGCGUUCGUAACGAGAGUGGGACCAAGCGUCGUCGUCGUGACUACUUUGACUUCGACCGUCCACAAGCCAAACGUGUAAGUUUGACAUUCUACCCUUUUCUUAUUUAUCAGGAACACACUGUUUCGUUUGCGCAAGACGAAUACACGCGCCCUAGUGUAAAGUACGACGAUCUGUGA